GUCAGAGACGAGCCCACUGCAGAGCUAAGUGACUCAGAGUAACAGUCCUUCCGCAUGAGUCUAGGGUCUCAUGACAUCGGCAUACGAGUGUUCACCGUGUAUCGUCGACUUUGACGUCACUCUGACUGGCGACUGCCCAGUGACUGCUAACAUGACCCUCCUUUGACCUUGGGCUCAAAGGAUCAACCAGAGUUCAUGUAAAGUAGCAGUAUUGAGAGACAACGACGUCAUGGAAGGGGGAGGAUGGAAGCGUUCAGAGGAUGGCAGAGAGAUACUUGAACCGGGGUGUAUUCAGUCGUCUUCCUCAAAUCUCUUCUCUAUACCCUCCAACUCGGCACUCACGACUUGAUCACCUCACGACAUUACGGCCAUUCACGACUUAACGAUAUUCACCGAUCAAACAUCGAGACAAUGGCCGCCACCACAACCACGACUUACAGAACCAGGCGCUCUCCUAUGACGCUGAGCAUCGCUGCGUUCUUGACACUGCUGAGUGCUCAUGAGGCCAUGCAUUUGAGCUUCGUUUGGAUUGAUCCUCUAAAUUUCCCCUUCCCCCGCUUCAGCUCGCCUCGCUUUUCUUCUGGCUCGCCGCGUUCGGGGUCCCUUUCAUCGAUAGUAUCUACUACGUCCGUUGGAACUCUGAACCACUUCGGGUCGAGUUUGGCAAUUUCGGAUGGGAAUCCGCCAAUGGCGGUCACUACCAGGGCGUCGGGUACUCGUUCCACCCUUGAAUCAUUGACGAUGAUCGACUGACUGGGUCGCUUAUCCUUGUCGCCUUCACGGCCGCAUUUGGAUCUCUGGCAUUCUUGUCGCUCUUACACAGCAUCUCUGACUUGAGGUCCGGCGCUUGUUCCUUCUUCCUCACUCUCUUCACUGCUUUCCUGUCCACGCUCUCUUUCCUCCUUGUGGUCAUUUGCUUCGGUGUGGCGCACCACAGACUCUCAGACGACGAUCUUAGCCCACACUAUGGACCUGCUCUUCCUCUCGUCAUUGUCGGAUGGCUCAUGUUCCUCGCUGCUAUUCCUUGUGUCAUUAUCGGUUGGUUGAGAGAGCGACACUACAGGCACGAGAUGACUACUACGACGACGACGACCCGACGGAGGUGGUCUUGAGAGCGCCGG